AUGGCCGAACAGGAGAGCGGAACGUCCACUCCACGGUCCUUCACCGGCCAAGGAGCCUCCGCGGAAGACAUGCUCAAGUCGCAAACCGUUGGUCUGGUGCAUCUGUCCGACUUUCGCAAACGGCGCGCCGAAGUGCUAGAACAGAAAGAGCGCGAGGCGCAUGAUAAGUCGCUAGGAAGAAUGGCAUCUGGUAAUUCAAGAAGCGCGACUCCUUCUGCGGGCGACGUUACUGACGGAUCCUCGACACCUCAAAGUGAUGCGCCACCUAAGAAGAAGAAAAAGAAGCCCCUCGCCAAGAGCAAACUCUCUUUUGGCGAUGAUCAGGAUGAGACGGGCGAGGAGCCCGCAGCGACACCACGCGACUCCAGUAUAUCCCGCUCCGGUUCCAAGACACCAAUCGAGGAGGGCGCAACAUCCGGACCUCGCCGUAUGAAGGCGAAUCCAAAUGCGCCGCCUCCACCGAAGGCCCUGACCAAAGCUGCCGUCGAGGCUGAAGCGCAAGCUCGUGAUACACUUCGCAAGGAGUUUUUGAUCAUGCAGGAAGCGGUCAAAAACACGGAGAUUCUAGUCCCAUUUGUGUUCUUCGAUGGCACAAGCAUACCAGCUGGGUCAGUCAAGAUCAAGAAGGGAGAUCCAAUUUGGUUAUUUUUGGAUAGGUGCCGCAAAGUCGGCGCUGAGCUGGGAGUGCGAGGCGCCAGUGGUGCUUCUCAAGCACGGAAAGACAAUCGCCGUGAAUGGGCUCGAGUCAGUGUGGAUGACUUAAUGCUCGUGAAAGGCAAUAUAAUUGUUCCCCAUCAUUACGAGUUUUACUAUUUCAUAUCAAAUCGAGUAUCGAGCUUUUCCAAAGAUGGGGGCUUGCUGUUUGACUACACGAAUAAGCCACCCCCAGAGCGCUCAAAUGACGAUCCCUUGUUUCGACCUAAUGAUCACCCACUUGAGGGUACGGACAAUGACUCUGCGGAGACCAAGGUUGUAGAUCGUCGCUGGUAUGAAAAGAACAAACAUAUUUACCCGGCGAGUCUUUGGAAUGAAUAUGAACCAGGGAAGGAGUUUGAAGAAAAAAUGAACUCGACACGGCGUGAUGCACAGGGAAAUACAUUCUUCUUUUAG